AGUAACCUUUCAUCAAGUAAAUUAUUCUUGGUUACGAGUUGAUCGUUCAAUCACUCAGUGACCUCGCAUAGAAUGCGGUCUAGUGCAGUAAAUAGAGCCAACAAGGCGACUUCAGCACAGCUCGAAGCCUGCAUCUCGACAUCUAGAGAGUUGAAUGGCACCAGAUUGCAUUUCGCCGUGAAGACUUCGUCAGAGCUGUCCGACGUUGAAUCCGAGCGAAUAUGGAACAUCUUCGAGUCCAAUAUGCACCUGUUCUACACGACGUCCUCAUUUGGCUGGGAUCCUCGUUCGAAGAAAGAAGAGAUGUUUCACCCACACGCUCGGCUCGUCUUAUGUGAGCGACGCGAUGAUACGCCCUCAGGUAGUGAAUCAAUUCCGUCAGAAUCUCGGAUAGUCGCAUAUACUAUCUUCCGCUUCGAACGUGAAGCCAAACAAGACGUGGUGUAUUGUUAUGAACUCCAAGUGACCGAAGAAUCUCGAGGACUCGGGGUUGGAAAGCUAUUGAUGAGCUCUCUGUUCGACAUUGGCUCACGAUGGAGGAUGAAGAAUGUUAUGUUGACCGUUUUUAAAGCCAAUGAUGCUGCGUCUGCUUUCUAUAAAUCUUUGGGCUUUGAUCUCGAUCCGAGUUCACCUGGAUAUGUGGAGGAUGACUGGCAAGAUGAGGAACUAGACUGCGACUACGUCAUUUUGUCCAAAUCUAUACCGUGAUCGUUGAUAAUAUCACUCUUAAUUAUAGGAACUACUCAUGUUAUAGAUCCAAGGACGGAACUCUGUUCUGCGGAAACAAUUCGCGUAACUCUCAUGUGUGAA